CACGGCUGGUGGCCCCUCCGGAGCCCGAACCAUGGAUCCGCCGGGGGACCCGCUCCCGGGUCACUGACCUUGGGUGCCAGGCCCAGAAAGCAGGCUUCGAUCCGGACCCCUGGCCUCACCGCUCCGGCCCAGACCUCUGCAGGGAGCCAUGGCACUGGCCCUCCGAUUCCUGUCCCAGCUGGCCGGCCUGUGCCUGGCCCUGGCCCUCGCCAGGGAGGACCAGGAACUGACCGCGCUGCCUGUGCGGUUCGACGUGGUGGAGGAAGUGGCGUCGGGCACGGAGAUCGGGCAGCUGUCUGGGGGUCCGGGCGCCGAGCGCGAGGCCGGCGUGGGGGGCUUCCGGGUACUUCAGGCCUCGCAAGCCAUCCCGGUGCGGGUGGAGCCUGCCACCGGCCACGUCCGCACAGAGGGCCGCCUGGACCGCGAAGCGCUGUGCCCGGGCCGUGACCCCUGUCUGCUGACCUUGGACGUCCUGGCCCCGGCCGGGCGCGCCCUGUUCCACGUGGAGGUGCUGGUCCGCGACGUGAACGACCACGCGCCCCGCUUCCCCAAGGCCGAGCAGCUGCUGGAGAUCUCAGAGAGUGCCGCCCCGGGCACCCGCGUCCCACUGGACCGGGCGCUGGACCCCGAUGCCGGCCCCAACGCCCUGCAGGCCUACAGCCUGUCGCCCAGCCGCCACUUCGCACUGGAGGUGGUCCGUGGGCCCGACGGGGCGCGCCACGCCGAGCUGGUGGUCGUCCGGCCACUGGACCGGGAGUCACAGGCGGCUUUCCAGCUGGUGCUGAGCGCCUCGGACGCUGGGGUCCCACCCCGCUCCGGGAGCACGCUGGUCCACGUCUGCGUCCUCGACUCCAAUGACAACAGCCCCACCUUCGCCGAGACUGCACUGGCUGUGGCCAUCCGUGAGGAUGCCCCGCCCGGCACCCUACUGCUGAACCUGACGGCCACAGACCCGGACCAGGGCCCCAACGGGGAGGUGGAGUUCGCCCUGGGCCCGCACGUGCCCACCGAGGUCCGGGCCACCUUCCACGUGGAUGCGGGCACAGGCCAGGUCCGGCUGCGCAGGCCUCUGGACUUCGAGCGACGGGCUGCCUAUGAGCUGGACGUCCAGGCCCGGGACAGGGGGCCCAGCCCCAUCCCCGCCCACUGCAAGGUCCUGGUCAACGUCCUGGAUGUCAACGACAAUGCCCCAGCCAUCCGGGUCACCUGGGCCUCUCGGCCCCCCGGGGUGGCCGAGGGGCUGCCCCCGGGCCGCCUUGUGGCCCUGGUGAUGACCAGCGAUGCGGACUCGGGGGUCAAUGGGGAGGUCCGCUGCUCCCUUCGCCAGGGGCUUGGCCCCUUCCAGCUCCGGCCGACACCCGGCCGUGGCUACCUGCUUGUGACGGCCGCCACGCUGGACCGGGAGGCCCGGGAUGAGUACAGCCUGACUGUGCUGGCUCAGGACGGUGGCGAGGGCCCACGCUCUGUGCUGGAGCAGCUGACAGUGCCCGUGCUGGACAUGAACGACAACCCUCCGGCCUUCGAGAGGGCAGCCUAUGGCGUGGCCCUGCGGGAGAACAACGAGCCCCCGACCCUCCUGCUCACCGUCCGGGCCCGCGAUGCCGACCUGGGCCCCAACAGCCGGAUCACCUUCCACCUCCGGGACCCUCCCGCCGCCGGGCUGGUGGCCGUGGACCCGGUCACGGGAGCUGUCUCGGCCCUGCAACAACUGGACCGCGAGCACGCCGCCAGCUUCGAGUUCCUCGUGGUGGCCGAGGAUGGAGGCCGGCCACCACUCUCGGCCAGCGCCACUGUAAGCGUGAGUGUGCUGGACGCCAAUGACAAUGCCCCCGUGGUGCUCCUGCCGGAGACCCGGGAUGGGCUCGCCCACCUCUCUGUCCUCGUCAACUCCUCCACGGGCCGAGUGCUAACCCCCGCUGGGGAGGAGGGGCCCACGGGUGCCGGCCCUGCGCCGCUGCUGACCAUCGUGGCCCACGACGCCGACGCCGGCCCCAACGGGGAGAUCCGGUUCUCUCUACUGGAGUCCGGCAGAGAGGACCUGUUUGUCCUGGAUGCCCAGUCCGGGCAGCUCUACCUGAAUACCAGUGAUGCAGGGGCCCUGCUGGGCAGCGAGCGGGAGCUGACUGUGGCCGUGGCUGACCGGGGGUCACCCCCGCUGGAGACCCGGCUGCGGCUUCGGGUCUCAUUCGCCAGCAGCGCCGAUGCCCAAAGGCGGCCGGCCAGGGGGGCGGCCGUCCCCCUGAGCCCCCCGGCCCUGACAGCCGUCUGCUUGGCGGCCCUGCUGGGGUCCUCGGGGCUGGCCCUGGCGCUGGCCGCAUCCGUCUGCAGGCGUGACCGCAAGCGGGUGGCCGGCGCCUACAACUGCCGUGUGGCCGAGACCACUUGCAGCCCCCGGCCCCGACACCGGCAGAGGCUAAUCCAGAAGGCCGACAUCCUCCUGGUGCCCGGGGCCCGGGCCAGUCCCGUCGCAAGGCCGGAGGGCGAGCGGCCGGCCCAGCCUGGGCCCGGACCCCCGGAAGCCCCAUUCCCUCUCACCCCGACCCUGUACCGGACCCUGAGGAACCAGAGGGACCUGAUGGCCGUCCCCAAUGGUGGAGAGGUGGCCCCGGACCCCCUAGGCCUCCUCUUCUCCCCUCCACGGCAGAAGAGCGGAUCCAGGGAGAACCUGAGCCCCCCGGGCCUGCCGCCUGCUCCCGGUGGCCCCCCGCUCUCAGGGCUGACCAGCCCGGCCUCCUGUCCCACCCUGAGGAGGCAGAGGAACACGGACACCCGGAUCCAGCCGGCCCCGGGGCCGCAACACAUCCUCCGCAGUUUGGUCCGCCUGUCGGUCGCCGCGCUCGCCGAGCGGAGCCCCACUGAGGAACUCACGGUGGACUCCCUCCAGGUGCAGCAAAUCUCGCAGCUGCUGUCCUUGCUCCACGAAGGGCAGUUCCAGCCUCGCCCCAACCACCGUGGGAACAAGUACCAAGCCCGAGCUGGGGGGGACAGGACCCCAGGAGCGGAGGCUGAUGGGCUGGGCCCCAAGGACGGGGCAGCCCCGGCCCAGACUGGCGAGGGUGAGGGGUCGGAGAGCACCCUGGGGCUCUCUGUGAAGCAGAUGUUCGAGGAAGAACUGGAGAGCCUGCUGGACCCCCAGACCGGUCUGGCGCUGGACGGGCGGACCUCCGUGGACCCGGCCUGGGUGGCCCGGCUGUCGCUGUCCCUCGCCGCCGACUACCACGACAACUUGUUCUCCGCACCGGACGCAGGCCCCGAGGACCAGCCCCGCACCUUCCGGACAUUCGGCAAGGCGGCCGGGCCGGGCGCGGGUCCCGAGGCCUCGCGGACGGCCAGCGCCAGCGCCUUCCUCUCGGAGAUGAGCUUCCUGUUCGAGGCGCUGCUGGCCCGGGACCAAGGUGGGGUCACCGAGGCUGAUGCCGACGAAGCGCGCUCCCGGGUGCUGCAGCGGCUCUCCGACUGUGGAAAGACUCUGGGGCUGGACUUCCCCGGAGGGGCCGGGGUUUGAGGCCCGUCCCGGGGCCACCAGCCUCAGCUGAUGCCCGCCUCUGGGUGACCGGGUCCCCAGAGGGCACCUUCCUCCACGUCUGGCUCCCCGAAUUGCCAACGGUGGCAUCCCUGAGGCUUGGGGAAAGAGCCGGGGCCCCAGGAGGGCUCCCAGCCUUGUAGAGGGACCAGUGCCUUCUGGGGGGUCGAUACUUGCAGGGCAACAGCCUGCGGCUGGUUUUGGGGGGAGCAGUAUU